ACCAAUCAUCGGACAGUGGGCGGGGCGUAGUUAUUCCAGUCGUUGUGAUUCGCGCCGUCGAGAAGCGAGACCUUGUUUGAUAACAUUGGACCACGGCGGUGUUAUCUACAUUGGCGGACGUGCCAUUAAUCUGAGUUCAACGGUAUAUGCUGGGGAAUUCCGUCCGUAACCCUACAAGUGUAACCCGGCAGAUCCUUCUCCCACAGAGCGUGCUCCAGUCCUCGGCGGUCCCUGUGAUGUCAGCAGCCUCUCUUGUGCACCUCGCGCGGUGCCGCGGGCCCCGGACGGGCUGCAGGGGCCUGCUACGACACGCCGCUUCUCCUCCGUUCGCCGCCCUCCGGGCCGCCCAGCUGCAGGCAGCCGCCUCCCGCAGACCCCUGCACACCUCCGGCCGGCGCCCCAGCAACACCCGCUUCGACCCGGACAGCAGUGGCAGCCCCACCACCUGGGACUCCUUCGGCAUCUGGGACAACCGCAUCGACGCGCCCAUCGAGCUGCCCUCCAGCAUCCGCUACGGCAAGAUCAUCCCCAAGGUCAGCCUGUCCAAGGUGGGCACGGCCUCCCUCAUCGGCCAGCGCAAGGAGAACGAGGACCGCUUCCAGCUCUCCCAGAUGACCAACAACAUCAUUUACUUUGCCGUGUUUGACGGCCACGGCGGGCCGGAGGCGGCCGACUUCUGUGACAAAUACAUGGAGAAGUACAUCAAGGACCUGGUGGUGCAGGAGAACAACCUGGAGUUGGUUCUGACCAGAGCCUUCCUGGAAGUAGACAAGGCUCUGCAGAAGCAUUUGCAUCACUCUCCAAGUGCGUCCGGGGCCAACGCGGGCUCCACGGCCACCGUGGCCCUGCUGCGCGACGGCAUAGAGCUGGUGGUGGCCAGCGUUGGGGACAGCCGCGCCAUGCUGUGCCGCAAGGGCAAGGCCCUCAAGCUCACCGACGACCACCACCCCGACAGGAAGGACGAGAAGGAGAGGAUAAAGCAGAGUGGAGGGUUUGUGACGUGGAACAGCCUGGGGCAGCCCAACGUCAACGGCAGGCUGGCCAUGACGCGCAGCAUCGGGGACUUCGACCUCAAGAACAUGGGCGUCAUCGCUCAGCCCGAAACUCGGAGAAUCAAGCUUCACCACGUCCACGAUGCCUUCCUGGCGCUGACAACGGAUGGAAUUAACUUCAGCAUGAACAGCCAGGAGAUCUGUGACGUCAUCAACCAGUGCCACAAUCCCAAAGAGGCCGCCUAUAGGAUCUCCGACCAGUCUCUGCAGUACGGCUCGGAGGACAACAGCACCAUCAUCGUGGUGCCGUUCGGCGCUUGGGGGAAGCAGAAGGGCUCCGACGCCAGCUUCUCCAUCAGCCGCAGCUUCGCGUCCAGCGGCCGCUGGGCCUAGACCCCAGACAGCCUGUUCUGAGUGCCCAGACCCCCACCCUGAGUCCCCACGCCCUGCCCAGUCCACACGGAGCAGCCGUGUGGAUGGUAAACACAGUGCAAUAUUUCUCCCCCCCCCCCCCCCCCCACACACACACACACACACAUAUACUGUAUAUAACGGAGAGCGAUGCGAGAGAGAGGGUGUGCAGGAAGCACAGAUGUUGCCUUAGGAAUACAGCAUGCUUCUGACAUGGACCAUGGUACUAAUAAUAAUCAUUAUUAUUAGCCUUGGUGUUAAACGAGAGGUGCACUAACUUAAAGACGUCCGAUUCAUUACUUUUAUUUUGGUGGAGACCACGAAUAGUGGAGAGGUCUGUUCGAAUGGGGAGCAGGUCAUUCACGUCACUGGACAAUUGCGCUGCCCUGAUUCAUUGUUGGCUAUUAAAUAUUUGGACAAUAUAGGGACAAAGGCAUGCCACCAAAAAAGUCUGUGUCUUUGUUCCACAAUAUUGCACUUUAUAUAUUUUUUUAAAUGGUAGCGUGGGUAUGGUUCUCAAGGACACCUUCUAAAAAACAAUAUGUUUAUUUUACCACUUUCUGAAAGUGUACGGUCCAUCACUUUGGGACCUGUUGUCAGUAUUUGGGCCAGAGGCUUCUAGAAAUGGACUCGGUACUGAUGCGUAGCUAGGUGAAAUGCUGUGGAGCUUUCUAACCUAUCUCCAGUAAACUCAACUUGAAGUUAUUCCACCUGAUUUGUUGGAAUUCAGUUCGAAGUGGGUUACAAUGAGUCUACUUUUUGUUUUAAUACCAUACCAAAAAGUUUUAGAAGCGACUAUCUUGUCUUUCUCGUGGCUCUACUGAAGCUCAGAUGUUACUUUGCCCUGUUAGUGAAUCAAGCUCUCGAAACAGUUUGCAGAAGGGUUGUAAAAAUCCAGAUUCUGUUGUAUGAAAUUACAACAUAUGUCAUUUUUUCCACCAGUAAUACCAUUUGCGGCAAGUUUUGCUCGGGUACAAAAAUGUACAUUUUUGUGUAUUUUUGUAAAUAUAUUUAUGUACAUUUUAUAUAAGGCUGUUUAUAAUAUUGUGAAUCUAUAAGGCCUCUUGGAAUUUCCCAUCACAAAAUUUGCACUGGUAGUUAAAUGGGAAUACAGGUGUUCUAAUGGGAGGUGUAAUGGUUUAAAUGAUUAGAUCAUCGAAGGCACUAAUGUCCACCACACAUUAUGAUGCAGAAACUGACCUCAACCGCGCUGGUCUUCUGUGGGACGGACGUUCUUAUCAGGGGCUUCGUCUUCACACGUCCUCGUCGGUACUUGUAGAGUUGUGGGAAGUCAUAAUACACUUUCAAUAAUAUUACAUUUGAUUCAUUUUGACCUUACCAAGACACACUUUAUGACCUAAAAUGCAAAUGUGAGGGCAAAAAUAACAAUCAAAUAUCAAUAGUUAAAAAGUCCCAUUUUAAAAAGCAUACAAAUUAAAUGGUGGUAAUCUGUGGUUUAUCACACGCAGUCUCAGCAGGUGAACACACGUUAGAAAAGGAUGAUGAUUAAAUCAUCGGGAUUGCAAUAUAUCAGUUGUAGUUGUCUCUGCAAGAAUCAGUUUCCCAUUCUUGCAGAGAAACAAUUUUCAAUUGAGGUAUUGCUAAAUAGUCCUAUUUGGGCCUAUUUAGCAUAAUAAAAAGCAGAAGUAUACAUUUUGGAGGAAGAAAUUUCAUAAAACUAGGGAGCGUGAAGUGAGACCAACGGUUACCCAUUCUGAUGGUUAACCGUUGGGAGCUAACCUUACUGCUCAAUUUCUCUGCCAAAGCAGCCUGGGGAAUCAAACUGAACCGUCACAGCCCUUACUGUUAGGCUUGCGUGCAUACGAAAGGCCAACAUCGUCAUUAUGCAUGUAUAUCCACACAUGUACAAAUCAGCAAUUUGCCCUGUCCGCUUUCCCAUCUUUCACGUUGGCACCGCAAGCACACCUCAAAACAUAACAAUCUAUGUUCUUUCAAUAUACUUGCAUAGCCAAGAGCCAUAUCUGACUCAUGAAUGUUUGACAAUGACUCAAAUCUGUAUCAAUGAGAAAUGUGAACAAAAGGGAGAGGAUGGGGUCUUUCAUGUUCUUAAGGCAACCCUUUUUGAUUGAAGGAGGAUCAAUUUGUCAAAUAUACUAUGUAUCUUCGGUCUACGUUCACUAUGUAUUUAGUGUUUUAAUGUUCUUCCUAUUUAAAGUUUUGCAGUGAUUUUUGUAGUUUAGUAUUUUUUAUUUUAUUGUGUUUGUGUGUCAUCCUUAAACGUAUCCAUAAACUUUAUGUACAUAUAAUAUUCCUCAUUCCAAUAUCGACAAAAAACAAUAAUAUGGACCCCUGUCAGUCCUUCACACAGUUAACUAAUAUUAUUUAUGUAUAGUUCUAAAUACUGCUGGGAAAUUAUUGAAGCUAUGUGGACCUACCCUUUAUCCUUCCUGACUGUACAACAGUUCUCUAGAUACUGACAUUGUUUGCUGGCUUAAUUAAUUCUGAUACUUAUUGAGCCUUGUCAUACAUUGAAAACUAAACAAUAAAAAUCUGAAAAU